AGAGACCUCCACGCCGACGUGGCCUCUCGCUGGGACUGCCAGAACUACUAUGGAUACGACAGAUGGUUUGCCGGUCAACGCAACGGGGCCUCUGGCCUAUCCAACCUCAACACGGAGUACAUUCGUCGCUACAAGGAGGCUAUUCCGUGGAUUCAGGGCAGGAUCGUCUCGAACUCUAGGUACCGCACUGAUAACACCAAGUUCUGG